GAGAAUAGUCACGUGAUUCGUUCCAGCAGGUUAGGAUUCUUCGUUUCGCAGAACACGUGUCAUAUCAAACUAGUUCGCCCGUGGUUUCCGGAGUUACUUAGAGAGAAGCUGCAUCUUUUUUUCUGAGGAGGUACUGACCACAUUGAUUAGGAAUUAUCAAAUGGAUCUGAUUUAAAUUGACUCUCCUCAAAUUAGCAGAUUGUCCUGUUAAAACACUAACAAGCAAUGUCUUUGAGAAGAAAAAAUAUCCAGAAAUUGACAGAUUCACCAAAAUGGACAAAAAUUAGAGGUGUAUUUCAAAGUAGAGAAGAUGAAAGCGAAAAUUUGUACGAUGAAACACAAAAAACCAGAAAGAAUUUCGGUGAGGUCUGUAAUAUAUCCAAACAUUUACAAAAUUCCGGCACCUCUUUAGCAGUUAAAGAAAAUUCAAUAUCAGAAUCUAGCGAAAAGGAUUUAAAAUGUUCGUUUAAUGAAAUGCUUCGAGAAGAUUAUAAGGUGACUUCUAAAUUUGCAACGAAAUCCAGCCUAUCCUCUGAAAAACACAAGGAAAAACCUGCUGCCAAAACUUACUCCGUAAAUUCUGCAUUAUACAAUAUGAAGAUUUGUAUACAUCCAGAACUGAAUGAAAAAUGUACAGUCGUAAAUAGAAAAUAUAAUCAAGAGCAAAACAUAAUCAUCAGGAAAAAACUUUUCGAAAAUACUUCUAGAAAUAACAGUUACAGGCAACACAAAAGAUCUAAGCAUUACUCACAACCAAGAUUUUCAUUUCAGGAUAGAAAGAGGAAUUUAUACAAAUUCUCAUCGGUGAGAAAUUUGGUUAGCAAAUAUGAACAGAUGGAAAAAGAAUCAAGAAAGAAAUACUUGGAUAAUAACAAAGAACUAUUUAAACAAGAUCCUAAUAGAUUAUCUAUCUUAAGUUGCCAAAAAUUAUGUAAAAAUAGAGACGACAGUGGAAUUAGUGAAGGAGAAGAAUCUUUGACUUCUCCUCUACACAUCACUCGAUUCAUUAAUUCUGAAAACGAAAGACAAAGCAUUGAAAACAUAAUUUACAAUAGGCUAGUUUACAGUAAUCUGAACUUCAACAAUAGAGAAAUUAAGAAAUCAAAAUCUCCAAAGCCUCGCUUUGUGGUUGUGAAAAAGCCCAUGCCUCUACCUAGGUCACCUAUUAAACAUUAUGUUAAUCUCUCUGAAUGUUAUACUGAACAUAUGUUAAGUAAAGAACAAGAAGCAAUAAAGGAGGAUGAAAACAUUAAAGUGACACAGAGUGAAGAAGAAUGGGCAGAUAUCAGCGAAGAUGAAAAAGAUGGAAAUGCAGAAAAUAACUAUAGAAUAAGUAAUAAAUCUGGGAAAAGAUGCUAUCAAGAAUCAGGAAAUCUUUACGAUUGCUGUUCACCAAGAAGAAUUCAAAGGAUAUGGAAGAAUUACAGGUUAAAAGAUGAUAAUGGAACAGAUUCUAGUUGGGAAACAUGUGGAGAUGAUAAUAGCAGCACCACCAGUUCAGAACACCAUUAUGAAGAUCUAAACGAUUUUAGUAUGGACGAACCAUUUCAAUGUAAAAAUGAGCCGAAGAGUCCUAAUGAUUUUAUUGAAGAAUCUUUCCAUUUUCUUGGUAAUCACUCGGCUGAUGAGAGUGAUAAUGCAGAUUCUCUUUCUCCGUGUAGUCCAAUUCAAAUCGAGAAAAAGAACGAAGAUAAUUCUCCUGUAAGUUCUCGCCAUUCUAUAACUGAAUCUGCUUUGAUCUAUCAAGACUUUAAUGCUUUGAGGAGUAGUUAUAAGAAAACACUGAAGAGUAUCAAAAAAGCCAAUAUUCUGGAAGUUAACAUGUUGAAGAAGCAAACAAUUAAAAAUAAAGAGAAGAAUACAAAUUUCUAUGUUUCUCAAUGUGAGAAACCUAAAAGUUACGAAUGUAUUUUAGAGCAAUUAGAUGAACAAAAAUGUAAAAAGAAAAAGAAGAAGAAUUAUUUUACGCUGCCAUAUCAAAAAAAUAAGAAAAAUUCUGAGGCAAUUUCCAAAGAUGAUGGCAAUAUUACUCACCAAAGAAGAGCCAGUGACUGUGGUCCUCUAACUGAACAAUUUUCCAAAUUUGUCUCAGAGAUACAAUUAGAUAAGAAGAGUUCUGAACUACAUGCCUCAACUAUUAAUUUGCCAGAAAGAACAAGGGCAUCUAUUGUAUCAUGUAAUUCCUGUGGAGAUGGUUAUAUCUGCAGAAAUCAUUUAGAAAUGCUGCAGAGUCCACUAUCUUCAUCAGAAGAAUCUGUAAGGCUGUUUGAAAGAUCAAAAACAUUUAAUUUUCGGAACAGAUCUAGCUCUGUUGAAAGUGAACAUAAUUAUUUACAAAUUAACAUUUCAGAGAAUAAAAAAUCAAGUUAUGGAGAAACAUCAGGUAGUAGUCAAGAAGAUAUAUAUUGCAGUACUUAUGAUUACAAUCUAAAAAAAUCCAAUCCAUAUUGUGAGUUUUAUAAUUCUGAAGGAUUGCAUUCCUUGAAGCCUCAAUUAAAUGUAGCAGAAUUAGCUUAUAUAGUGGAAUCUGGAAAUAAAAAACUGUGGAGUGAUCUACCAGAGGUUCAAGCUAGUGGAAUACUAGAAAAGAUGUCUGCUCAACAGCUUAAAUUACAAGAAGCAUUACUCAGUGUAGCACUAUCAGAAGCAACUUAUUUAAGACUAUUAGAAACUGGUCAAGAACACUUUGUUCGAUCAACUAAUUCUGAUGAUAAUGGUUUAUGUAAGAUUUUAUCAUGGCACGAAUGGAAUGUUUUGUUUUCUGAUAUUUCUCCAGUUAUCAAUGUCAGCAAAAAAUUGGUUGCAGAUCUAGAAUCAAGAUGGGAAGAAAGUUUUUUAUCUUUUGAUAUCAUGGAUAUUUUAUAUGAACACAUAACUAACUACUUUGAUGCUUAUAUCAAGUACUGUUCUAAUAAAUUAUACAGAGAUCGAAUGCUCAAAGUAUUAAUAAAUACUAAGCCAAAGUUUCUAGAAGUUACAAAAAAUUUAGAAUGCAGUUUCCCAUAUCAGUACUUUACACUCCAAGAAUUUCUCACUCUUCCAGAACAGCAUAUUUCUAAUUUACUUAACUUGAUUGAAGAAGUGUUCCAUUGGUUACCACAGAAUUCCACAAAAUAUAAUCUAUACAAGCUGACAAUAACUGCUCUUAGAAAGAUCAUUUCUGAAUGCAUUGAAGGAGCACAGAAAAUGGAAAGAAUGGAAGAAAUGUUGCUCUUAGCACAUCAGUUAGAUUUUAAAGAGUGCAAAGCUAUUCCACUUAUAUCAGCAUCAAGAUGGUUAUUGAAAAGAGGAGAAAUGAUGCAAUUUUCUUGUGAUUCUCCAGUUAAAAAGACAUUUGGGAAAAGUACCCGUUGGAAUAAAUUCCCCCUGCAUGUUUUUCUUUUUAAUGAUCUUUUAGUGUUGACAAAACGAAGAAAUGAAGAUAAUUAUCUUGUAUUGGAUUACUGCCCAAAAGAUAUGGUUCAAGUGAAAAGUGGCAGUCAGUCAACAAUUAGGUUACCAACAGGAUGCAAGAAUCCUAUUCAACUCAUUCUCUUAAGUAAUCAAGAAAAUAAAACAGUUGAAAUGAUUUUAAGUUGUUGUUCUGAAAGUGAAAAAUUAAGAUGGAAGGAAAUUUUAACAUUUUCUGAGAAGCCAAAAGAACAAGAGCAAAUACAAAAACGAGAUUUUCAAGUACAAUGUAUACGAUCUUAUACUGCUCAACAAUGUGAUGAAUUAUGUUUAAACGAGGGUGAAAUUAUCAAUGUCAUCAGAAAAAUGAAUGACGGUUGGUGUAAAGGCGAACGUGUUCGAGAUAAUGUCAUUGGAUGGUUUCCCACUGCCAAUACUACAAAAUUAGACAUGAAAUCAAAUCACCUAUUGGUGAGAAAUAAAACAUCACUGCCAUUUUUAUCUAGUUUUAAGACUCCUAUCUCACCAAAAUAAUUUCAUAUAAUGUAAAAUAGGAAUUUGUAUAAAAUCAUCAUCAUUAUUUGUACAUUAUCUCAAUAUUAAAUUAUAACUAAAUUGUAAAAUAAAAAAUAAUAAAAUAGAUAUGAGUAUUCAAUGUAGUUGAAACAAUAAAACUU